AAAGCAUGAACUGUUUUUCACACUGUCUUUUAUUCUUUUAAGGGGAGAUAGCUACUCUUGCCCCCAGUAAUCUUUAUUUUUAUCUUCUCCCUUUCAUAUCUCAAGCCAGGUAUGGCAACAUCCUCUCAAGACUCUUCCUCUUCCAAGAGACACUUCCAUUGGACUAACAAAGUUGCAACCGAAGAUACCGAAGCCUCUUCAACAACACCUAAUGAGGAUGACAAGAAUGGAAGAUCAGGUAUUAAAACCCAUGUUUCUUUGUCCACACCAAGGAAGAAAAAGCUUCCGGCUGCUGCUGUUUCCAUCGCAAGGCUCCGAUCUGCUGUUUCAUCUUUUAGGAAGAGCCGUUCGAGCCUUCCUUUUGGCCUCGGGUCACGAGUGAUCGGUACUCUUUUUGGUUACAGGCGAGGACACGUUCACUUCGCCUUGCAGAAAGAAGCCGGUUCCCCACCAGCUUUCCUCGUCGAACUGGCGACGCCCAUAAGUGGUUUGGUUCGAGAAAUGGCGUCCGGGUUGGUCAGGAUUGCUCUAGAGUGCGAUAAACCCAAAGCAGAAGACCAUAAUAAAAAGGGUACUACUGUAGUGAGAUUGCUAGAAGAGACCACUUGGAGAACUUACUGCAAUGGAAAGAAAUGUGGGUUUGCUACGAGGAGGGACUGUGGUGACAGAGAAUGGAAGAUUUUGAAAGCUGUGGAGCCAAUCUCCACCGGAGCAGGGGUUUUACCGGCCGGGAAUGAAGUUGAAGCUGGUCCUGACGGUGGUGAACUUAUGUAUAUGAGGGCUAAAUUCGAGAGAAUUGUUGGGUCAAGAGAUUCAGAAGCUUUCUAUAUGAUGAAUCCUGAUAGCAAUGGAACACCUGAACUUAGUAUCUAUUUGCUUAGAGUUUGAAAGUUACAUUCCCAUGGAAGAUCUGAGCUUAUUUUGCUUUUUUUUAAGGGGUAUACAUGUGAUAAUUCGUCUUGCUUUCAUUUAGAGCCAUGGAAAUUGGGGGUUUAAUUGUACUAGUGUUUUUUUGUGUUAGUUUAGGUGGGAGGGGUGAAAUACAUUAUAACAUGAUGAUGGUGAUGAUGGUAGGUGGGGGGUCUUAAAAGCUGUGUAUAUGUACAGUUUUCUUCUUCAGUCUUUGAUCAAGUAAAUGAGGCACUGUGCCUAGUGCAUGCAA